AUGUACCGGUCCACGAAAGGGGCAUCCAAGGCACGCAGGGACCUAAUCAACGCAGAGAUUCGUAACCUGAGGGAUUUAUUGCCAGUCUCAGAUGCCGACAAAGCGCGGCUCUCCUAUCUCCACAUCAUGUCACUCGCCUGCAUGUACACCAGAAAGUCUGUCUUUUUCUCUCAAGAUAUGUCAGUCCAGGCACGCCACGAGGAUCGCGGAGGCUUCCUGUCACUCCCCGAGCUCUCGGAGCUGGUGCACACUUUGCCAGGUUUCCUGAUUCUGCUGUCAAGUGAGGGCAAACUACUAUAUCUAUCGGAUAAUGUUUCUGAGCACCUGGGACAUUCUAUGGUGGACCUGGUGGCUCAGAGUGACAGUGUAUAUGACAUCAUUGACCCAGCUGAUCAUUUCGUCAUGAGAAGCAACCUUCUGCCAAUGACCACUCCUGAUUCAGAUGUUCUCUUUCGCUGUCGCUUCAACACCUCCAAAUUUGUGAGGAGACAGGGAGCAGGGACAAAGCAGAUGCUGGUGCGGGCUCGUUGUCUCUUGCCCUCUUACCCAGCCUCAUCUUACUGGACGUCCAACCCUGUGUGGGUGUGUUUCUGCUCCCCUCUGAAGUUCCAGGGCUCUCACUCUGCUCCUGCCAGAAAUCCCCUACCGACCCCACCGGCAGAUCAGACCUUCUUCCUGGCCUGCUUCCAGUCCUGGCACAAUCUUGACAUGACAUUUCAGAAUGCCCAGGAGAGUGUGAACGUGUACCUGGGCUAUGAGGUGGGGGUUCUUCAGUCUCGCUCCUGGUACAGCCUAUUACACCCUCGAGAUCUCUCUCAUGCUUCUGCCCAGCACUGCACCCUACUGCGUGAAGGAAGGGAGAGGCAGGUGGAGAUGGUGGUUCAAGUCGAGGCAGCUGAUCACUCCUGGGUUUGGCUCUAUAUGGUCCUUCAGCUUGAGACUGGUGAACAUCCCAUCACCUGCCAGAACUAUGUCAUUAGUGAGUCUGAGGCAUGGUCAGUGCGGCAACAGCUGUUCUCAGAGCAGAACCAGCUGGCCCUCUUAUACCAAGAGGGUCUGGGUUGGCAGUCCUCUGACACCCUAUCCAGUCCAGAGCAGGUCUUCACACCUAGCAGCAGUGGCUUGUCCACACAGUCCUUUGAUUUUAGCUUCUCCAAAUCAGGCCGGAGCUCCUCUGAGGAGCUGUCCACUCCUGCCACUACGCAACACAUCAUGCCUCAGAGCAAUGAGUCCUGUCCAGACUACUCCUCCCUGGAUGAAGAGAGCUUCACCCAACAGCACACUGGUCACCGGCUGUGGGAAGCAGAGACUAAUCAGCUCGCUGCAAGUUCAGAAACUAAAACUGUUCCCAACCCGCUAUUUGGUUCCCGACCAGAGGCUGAUCUGAUGUGUUUCCAAAUCCCAACACACCACUCAGACCCCCAGCCUUCUGCCUUAGGCCCACCAGCUCCCCUCCCCUCCCUUGUUACUCCCCAGCCUAGUCAGUGUGUGGGUGAGUUGGUUUGCACGCCCCCCUACACUCCUCAACUUGGAGAUGGCACUUUCAUGUUUGGUGAUGAGCUUUUUAAGAUGGAGCCCACCAGCACCGGAACCAGUGCCUCAACUCCAACAGCCCAGACCAUGACUUUGCCCGUUUCCACAAGUUACUCUCUCUCCAAAGCCGCUCAAAAUAUCAAAAGGCUUGUUUUCCCUACAGAUAAGAGCAACAGGCUUCUCCAUGAGAGGAUGCCACCUACCCCAGAUAGUCCAGGAAAUGGUGACUGCACUCUCAUGGCCUUACCAGAGAUCAGGGGGCCUCUGUAUGUGGAUGUGCCCCACAGGUCUUUCUUUGGGCCUCCUGAGGGACUCCUUACCCCUGAGGCCUCCCCUACCAAACCACCCUGUUCGACAUUCUUCUCUCAGGAAACCGAGCAGGAGAAGCUAGAGAUUUCACUCCUGGCUCAGUACAUCAGCUCUCUAGCUGAGAGAUUUUGCCCAGAGCCUCCUCUGUCCAAACACGACUCUUCCUUCCCCUCAAUACAAGACCCUAUUCCUCCCUCAUGUGACUUCCUGCAUGAUGAUUGUUGGAGAGGUCUGGAUGCCUCUGUGGUUCCAGAAGAUAAUUCUCUAAUUGAAGAGUGUAUCUUAGCUGACAUCCCUCUUCAGGUCGACUCUUCUUCCUCUCCAUCACUCCCUUCCCCAGACUCGUCCUCUUGCUCAACAUCUCAGUUCUCUCAUCCUGCAACUGUGAACUGGUGCUCUCCCAGCCACACACAGGGAGAGGAGAGCACCUCAGUUGGUGUACACCACUUCUGUAGCGUCCAAUCGGCGCACUCUAACUGCAUGGCUGUUGGCGGGCCGCUAGGGGCGGGGUUGUCAGAUGAAGGGGUGGCUUUAUCGGAAAACGUAAGGGACGUGGAGAUGUUACCUCCAUCAUUGUCCCCUACUAUCUUGGCCUCCCCUCAACCCAGCUCUGUCCCGGCUCAACUCGCCACCGCCUCUGGUUUGCCCUGUGCCCAGUCCCUCCUGGAGGAACUGGUUGCCAUGGAACCUGUGUUUGGGGCAGGUGCCUCAAUUAGUCCUGCCUUGAGGCAAGAACCUGAGUUGUAUCAACUCCCUCAUGAUGAUCCACCACAGAGCUUCUAUCAAGAUGGAGCCAGUGAUCACAUGUUCUAA